AUGUCGAGCUCUCUUCGAUUCGACGGCCGCGUGGCCAUCGUGACAGGUUCCGGCCGCGGUCUCGGACGGGACUAUGCCCUCCUCCUUGCGCGCCUAGGUGCCUCAGUGGUGGUCAACAGCACCACCACCGACACAGCGCAAAAGACUGUCGACGAGAUCACCAAGGCCGGCGGCAAGGCCAUUUCCCACGUCGGCAGCGUCGCCGAUCAGGCCGUGGCCAAGGCCCUGGUCAAGGCCACGGUGGACGCCUUUGGGCGCGUCGACAUCGUCGUCAACAACGCGGGCAUCUCGAUCCCCUCCGAGUUUGAGAGCGCGACCAGCUCCCAGCUCUGGGACACGCUGGGCGUCAGCCUCGGGGGUUCCUGGAACGUCACGCAGGCCGCCUGGCCGCACUUCAAGGAGCAGAAGUACGGCCGCGUCGUCAUGAUCACAUCGCCCAUCAUGCUGGGUUCGGCUCAGCAGGCGGCGUACGCGGCGACCAAACUCUCCCUGGUCGGCUUGACCAGGUCCAUUGCCAUCGAGGGCGAGCCGUACAACAUUCUGGUCAACUCGGUUGCGCCUGUCGGCCUCACCCCCGGCACGAAGAAGCAGGUCCAGGACGAGCAGACGAUUUCUUUCAUGGACACGUUCACGCCGUCCAAGGAUGUAGCACCGACAGUCGCGUGGCUGGCCCACGAGAAUAACAAGGUCACUGGAGAGGCUUUUGGGGCGGUUGGCAAGCUUGUCACUCGCAUCUUCUUGGCCGAAACUAAGGGAUUCAUGGGCUCUGCGGAUCAGGCUUGGACUGUUGAGACCAUAAGGGACAACUGGGAGCAGGUGGUGGAUGAGAAGGACUACGAAAUCAAGACUGAUAUCGCAAAGUCAGGCCCCGGGCUCUUUCAACGACUUGCUUCUGGCGGCCCUUAG